AUGGCAAAAAUUCAAUAUAUUUGGUUUUGUCAGUGCCAUGUCGCAAAUGUACAAGUUCCUCUUUCUCAUUUUCUGUUUUUCUCAGAGCCUCUCUCCCCAAAAUCGUAAGGCUAGGGUUCCAACUUUGUUCCGCCAGCCGGAAUUCCUCGCAGGACUUUAAGCAAUGGGAAAGAGGAAGUCAAGAGCAAAGCCUCCUCCUAAGAAGAGAAUGGACAAGCUUGACACUGUUUUCAGUUGCCCCUUCUGCAACCAUGGCACCAGUGUCGAAUGCCGAAUUGAUAUGAAGAAUUUAAUUGGUGAAGCACUGUGUGCAAUAUGCCAAGAGAGCUUUAGCACUACCAUCACAGCCCUAACUGAACCAAUAGACGUAUACAGUGAAUGGAUUGAUGAGUGUGAACGCGUUAACAAUCUCGAUGAUGAUGAUGCUUGAAGGGAAGGUUUCAAGCGUAGAUUCCAGUUCCCGUGUUGGAGUAGAAUAGCUAGUAUCUUAGCUUUCUCAAGCUUGUAAUUCUGUUAGUCCUGGGCUGGAUUAGGAGGUGCAGAUAAAUAACGCUUGACAAUAUUAAUAGUGCUGUUUAAGAAACUGUUGAAUAGUUUGCAACUGCGGGAUGGGAACUUGAAAAUAACCGUGUUAUGGAAAGGAAGCAACCAUCAAUGGAGAAAUAUCUAGACUCUAUCAUGUUUUUGCCUUAAUAGAAAUAAUCAAAUGCCUUGAUGCA